AACCAAUUAUAUUCGAUUAUUCUUCUCAUAUUCAAUUAUAAUUAGUCAAUUUCUUAUGGCAUAAGGCUUACUACACCUAUUGUAGAUCCGGCCUUACAGUGUAGAGACAUCUAUGGCGGUGUUUCUUUCAAACUGACCACGACGACCACGUUUUUAGCAAGGAUUCUUGAAGGAAAAAAAACGUCAAAAUGAUGUCAAAAAAAGAUAUAGACUUAUUAAACGAACGAGCGGCAUUAGCGGAGAAAGAGAUACUCGGUUUGAAGCAGCAACUCGAAUCGCUUCAACGAAGCAUCACGACUGAAAUUCCGAAUGAUAUAACUAAGGAAAACUUCGAAAAAUUACAACAGGAGAAUAUUAAGUUAACGCACAGGAUAGCAAUACUUAAAAGGACUGUAGAAAUGCAAAGAGAUAAAUUGGACAGUAAAAUGGAAUUUGUAACUGGAGAAACGAUGAGCAUACAAGAUCAUCUACACUCAGUUUUUCACAAGGCUAUCAGUGCUGCUUAUCCUGACAUAUCAGAUCCACCAGUAAUAGUGACUACCAGCUCUAAUCCAAAAUUUGGAGAUUAUCAGUUUAAUGGUGCUAUGCGUUUAGCACAACAAUUAAGUAAUUCUGGUACUAAAAUAACUCCACGUGAUGUUGCUAAAGAAAUUAUGUCUAAACUGAAUACAACUCAUGUUGUUGAAAAAUACGAAAUUGCUGGUGCAGGAUUUAUAAAUGUGCACUUAAAACGUGAAUUUGGACAAUCUGUCUUGAGCAGUUGGUUAAAGGCUGGUGAAAUUCCUCCUCCGUAUAUCAAGAAGAAAAGAGUGAUUGUUGAUUUUUCUAGUCCUAACAUUGCCAAGGAAAUGCAUGUGGGACACUUGAGGUCUACGAUAAUUGGUGACAGUAUUGCGAGAUUAUUAGAAUACUUAGGACUUGACGUGUUGAGACUCAAUCAUGUAGGUGACUGGGGUACACAGUUUGGUAUGUUGAUAGCACAUCUUCAAGAUAAGUUCCCCAACUAUGUAACUGUUGCACCUUCAAUUAAAGAUCUUCAGUCUUUUUACAAAGAAUCUAAAAUUAGAUUUGAUGAAGAUGAAGAAUUCAAGAAACGUGCAUACGAGUGUGUCGUUAAAUUGCAGGCUUUCGAGCCUGAUAUAACGAAAGCAUGGCAAAUGAUUUGCGAUGUGUCUAGGCAAGAAUUUGAGAAAGUGUACACUCGAUUGGAUAUCAAAUUAAUAGAAAGAGGUGAAUCAUUUUACCAGAAGUACAUGGAAUUAAUAGUUCCAGAACUAGAAUCAAAAAAUCUGCUGGAAGAAGAUAAUGGGCGGAAGGUGAUGUGGGGAGAAAAACAUGGUAGUGGGAUACCUUUUACUAUAGUAAAAUCUGAUGGUGGUUUUACAUAUGACACAUCAGACAUGGCUUGUAUUAAACAUCGCAUUGAAAAGGAAAGGGCAGAUUGGUUGAUAUAUGUAACAGAUGCUGGUCAAUCUUUGCAUUUUCAAAUGCUAGAAAGCUGUGCCAAAAGGGCAGGUAUCCUGAAGAGCUUUCACAGGAUGGAUCAUGUUGGUUUUGGUGUUGUCUUAGGUGAAGACAAGAAGAAAUUUAAAACGAGAUCUGGUGAUACUGUAAAACUUAGCGAGUUAUUAGAUGAAGGCUUGAAGAGAGCACUACAGAAACUGAAAGAGAAAGAGCGCGACAAAGUAUUGUCCGACGAAGAGCUAAGAGCAGCUCAAGAAUCUGUGGCAUAUGGUUGCAUAAAGUAUGCCGAUUUAGUACACAACAGAAACCACGAAUACGUAUUUUCAUUUGAUAAAAUGCUGGAUGAUAAAGGCAACACAGCCGUUUACUUAUUGUAUGCUUUAACUCGAAUUCGUUCUAUCGCCAGAACGGCGAAGGUUACAAAGGACGAAUUGCGACAACGCUUGAAAGAAAUUCCAAUCUCAUUGGAACAUGAAAAAGAAUGGAAACUAGCCAAAGUAUUGUUAAAAUUUCCUGAUGUGAUUCUUGGUGUUAUUGAAGACCUAUAUUUGCAUCCAUUGUGCGAGUUUUGUUAUGAGGUUUCAUGCGCAUUUACAGAAUUUUAUGAUAAAUGCUACUGUGUGGAGAAGAAUCAAUCUGGUGAUAUUGUGAACAUAAAUAUGGGUCGCCUCUUACUUGCUGAAGUUACUGCACUUGUUUUAGAAAAAUGCUUUAGUUUAUUAGGUUUAAAACCUGUCACCCAAAUGUAAAAGGAUACAAAUAAAUGUACUAUAUAUACUUUUAAUAAUAUAAAGUAUAAAAUAAAAAAAAAUGAAAUUAAUUUAUAUUAUUGAAGAUUAAUAAAAUCUAAUAAAAAAUAAUUCUAAUAUAAGAAUUAUACAGAUUUUUUUAAAGAGAGUAUUUCUUGUCACACUAUUUUUAAGGAUUUUUUAGAAAAAUAGUACAAAGUAUUAAAAAAA